AUGUCUUCUUCCCUGCAGCAUGCAUGGAAGAAACGUCCAUUAGAGCAGACCAUCAUACGCACAGUGCCGGUUAAUCAGACUACGCUCACACUGCAGGAUCUUACGCCGCUCACAAUGUACGCGAUCGUGGUGACGGCGCAUAAUGACUACGGUUCGAGUUUGCCCAGCGAACGUUUGCGUGUGUUCACUCAUACCAGUGAGGUAUUCGCGCCACGAAGUGAUGAUGCCGAAGCUUCUGCUUCGGUGGAGAGCAUUAUGCCGGAGUUGCCAAACAUACGUAGCUGUUGUGAGGCCAAAGGCAUGACGCAUCGUAAGUGUCUCGAUAAGAUGUGCGAUCCACAGAAGACCGACCUCGCCACACUGCCCGACUUUAUGGUCUGCGCACCUUGGUCCAAUAUUACCUUCACUUGUCUGGCAAAUAAGAUCGACCACACACCCUGUUGUCGUGCACGUGGCAUACCGGCUGUGUGCUUCCCGCUAUGCUCGGGCAAAAUAUCAACACUAGACUUUAGUCUGUUCAAGUGCCUACGCUUCAUGUCCGAGUAUAGCAGCUGCCUUUUCCAGGGUUACGGCGUGCUCGCGGAUCCACCUUCGAUGAUACGUACGGUGGCAAAGGCCGACAAUUUUAUAAUUUUGGAUUGGGAUAAACCCAAACGCUUGGCCGACACAAUCAGCACUUAUCAUGUCAAGUUUAGACGUCUGGGCGAAGGCGACGAUUAUCUGACUGUAGUGAAGAAAACCCCACCACUCAUUUUGGAGGGACUCGAACCCGAAGUCUACUAUGAAUUCUACGUAGUCUCCGUGAAUCAGUAUGGCAAAAGUGAAGCUUCACCACGCCUCAUUACACGCACACAGCCCGCCGAGGCGGUGGAUGAGCCCGAACCGGUUUACAAUAUGACAAAAUGCUGUCAGGCAUCCGGCUUGCUGCCACAAUGUGCGCCACUCUGUUCGUACAACAUUAAAUUGUCGGAUAUUGAAAAGCUCGGACCGGCGUGUCGGGCACAAAUGUCGGUUAUUGUGCGCUGCGCCGCCGGUGGACGUGAUCAUACGCCCUGCUGUCAGCGUCGCGGCGUGCCCACCGCCUGCAUGACCAUCUGCCGUGGCGUCAUGCCGCACUACGCGAACGGCGUCGGCAGCAAUGCGGGCGCAUUGAGUGGCAGCAGCUAUAGCGGUAACAAUGGCACGACCUCCAGUGAUUGUCUAUCCUACGCGGGCAAUAUUUUGCAGUGCAUCGAAGAAGGCACCGAGAGCAUACCCGGUCCAGCUGAGGACGUGCACGCCAUUUCGGUAACAAAUACCACAAUUAGCUUGACUUGGCGUCAACCCGGCUACGAGGCAAGCGCACCCACCGCAGCAACAACAACAACCACAGACAAUGAAGAGGAGAACACGAAGAAAGGCGCUACUUCAACUACCGCUGGCAGCGCGAACAAUGGCGACAACAACAAGAACUCUGGCAACACUAAUGACAUUGCCACGGCUGGUGGCGGUGAUGCAUCGACGUCCAACAGCGAUGAUGAUAUCGACUUUAUCGUGCAAUAUGGCAAAGUCAAUAACAUGACCCUCUACGAGACUGUGGCGAAACUGGAAAAUGUGAGUAGCACGCAACACAUACACUCAUGAAAACAUAUAUACAAA